CCCACUGACGAUGCCGUUCAUACGCCUUUUGCAGCUCACAGGGGACGACGACUUCAGGCUGGUCCAACCUAUCGUGGACACGGUUGCCCCACCAUUCGCGAUUCUCUCCCACACCUGGGGAGGAAGAGACGAAGAAGUCCUGCUCCAAGACUUGAAGGACGGAACAGCAAAAAAGAAGACUGCAUGCUAUGAAAACAAGCUCAAAUUCUGCAGAAAACAAGCUGCUAAAGACGGGUUAGAAUACUUCUGGGUGGACACUUGUUGCAUUAAUCAGCAAGACUCCGUUGAACUUCAAGCCUCUAUCAAUUCUAUGUUUAAGUGGUAUAGCACUGCUGUUAAGUGCUACGCAUACUUGUCUGACGUCUCAAGUACUGACCCUACUCUCGAUAUUGAGGAGAAGAUUAAGAAGAGUAGAUGGUUUCGUCGUGGUUGGACACUUCAAGAGCUGAUCGCGCCUAAAGAAGUCGAAUUUUUCUCAAGAGAAGGAGAUCCACUAGGCGACAAGCAAUCUCUACAACAAACAAUCCAUGAGACAACUGGGAUCCCUAUUGAAGCUCUCCAAAGAUGCCCUCUAUCGCGGUUCAGCUAUCACGAGCGAAUAUUAUGGGCAGAAGGACGGCAGACAACACUUGAAGAAGAUGCGGCUUACUCAUUGCUAGGCAUUUUCGCCAUUCACAUGCCACUACUGUAUGGGGAAGGACGAGCAAAUGCCUUCAGACGACUGAAGAUAGAGGCGCGACAGCAUCCAACAGACGAGGUGUUUACGGAAUGGUUAACGCCUACAGACUUCCACGCUCAGCACUCGGAUACCAUCAACCGUUGGCAAGACGGAACGUGCCAGUGGUUUCUUGAUUCGGCCCAGUUCUUGGCGUGGUUCGGCCCUGAGAACAGAAAAUAUGACACAUCUUGUCUGCCUUCCCGCCCAGGAAACAAAACGCUUCUUUGUACAGGGAAUCCUGGUGCGGGCAAGACAGUGAUAGCAGCUGUUGCGAUUAAACACCUAACCGACAAAUGCACGGAUUGUACCUCUGUCGGAAUUGCGUAUGUGUACUUCAAUUACAAAGCUCAAGAACUGAACAUCUCGGAAAUGCUAGCGGCCAUUCUCAAGCAGCUAGUACAAGCACAGUCUUCUUUCGCAGAGCCUGUAGAGCAAUUAUAUCUGCGGCAUAUCAAGGGGACUAGACCAUCACUGAAGGAAAUAUUCAACGCGCUUCAGGCCGUUAUUGCAAAAUAUUCGAGGGUCUACAUUGUCAUUGAUGCUCUGGAUGAGUGCCAAGAGAGCAAUGGUACCCGCAGACGGUUUUUAACCAAGCUUCAAGAUCUCCAAAAUCUGAAGACGGAGACGGAUGUUCGACUGAUGGUUACCUCGCGUGAUAUUCCGGAUAUUGUUGACCAGUUCCAAACACCAGAUGUACUGAGGCUGGAGGUGAGAGCCACUCAUGAGGAUGUAAAGCGAUUUGUUGAAGGCCAAAGAGACUCACUGCCGAGUUGCAUUCGAAACGUUCCUAAAAUGAAGGAUUCAGUAAAGGAAAAGAUUGCCGAGGCGGCAGAUGGCCUGUUUCUUCUCGCAACCUUACAUACGGCGUCUCUCCAUGACAAAAGGACUCCGAACGAUGUGAAAUUGACAAUGGAUGGAUUCUCCAGUGGCCCUAACGCCCUCGACAACACAUAUAACCAAGCAACCAAAAGAAUUAAAGAUCUGCCAUCGACGGACUGCAAACGAGUCCAGCAGGUUCUGGCAUGGAUUACGUACGCAAAGAGGCCGCUUUCUGUAGAUGAAAUAUGCUGCGCUUUAGCGGUCAAUCCGGAAAAAGAGAAAAGGGAGUUAGACGAUGGCGAUAAACUUGAUGUCAAGGAAUUGGUCUCUAUGUGCGCCGGCCUUGUCAUCAUCAACAAAGAAAGCACUAUACUUCGCUUUGUGCACUAUACUACGCAAGAGUACUUUGAAGGAGUCAAUGAGCAAUGGGACCCUCGAGCGCAGCAAAGAGUGGCUUCGACAUGCCUCACCUAUCAAUCAUUCCGGGUUUUCGAGGAAGGCGCCUGUCUAUCAGACGCAAAAUUUGAAGAGCGUAUGAUGUCAAACGAGCUCUAUGACUAUGCUACACACCACUGGGGGAACCAUGCUUGCAGCUGCGAGGCUGAACUGCAAGAAAGGAUUUUAUCCUUUUUCGAGCAUGACGCACUUGUCUCUGCUUCGAGCCAGGCGCUGAUUGCCUCCAAGCGCUAUCCAAGCGAUCGCAAUUAUAGUCAACGUGUGAGAGGGUUGACCGCAGUACACCUUGCUGCAUAUUUUGGACUGAGCGAUACACUGGCCAAACUGCUAUUCAUCAGGGAUUAUUCGCCCCGUUUCCAGGAUGGAUACAAUCGAACGCCGCUAUUAUUCGCUGCCAUGAACGGCCAUGAUACAACAGUAGCGAUGUUACUUACCAACAGGCAGGUCGAUCCUAAUACCAAGGAUAAAGGCGGCCGCACUCCGCUGUCAUGGGCUGCCCAGAAUGGCCAUCAACUCGUCGUAGAACGGCUGGUCAGUGAUGACAAAGUUGACUUGAACUCGGAAGAUCUAGACGGUAGGACAGCGUUAUCAUGGGCCGCAGGACAAGGGCAUGACAGGACUGUGAAGAUACUCAUUGGAGCCAGAGGCAUCAACCUGGGCUGUAGGGACAGUGCUGGCCGAACGCCACUUUCUUGGGCUGUACAGAGCAGUCACAAGGGAGUCGUAAAGAUGUUGCUCGCGAACAAAAGUAUCGACUGGGAAUCAAGAGACAACAGCAAUAGAACAGCAUUAUCGUGGGCUCUAGAGAAUGAAGACAAAGGGAUCAUAGAUCUUUUCUUGGAAAUGAGCAGCAUUAAUCCAAACCUCAAGGACACAACUGGCCGAACACUACUGUCUCGGGCGGCACAGAGCAGUCAUAUACACGUGCUAAAACGGCUCCUCUCGGAUGACUCUACGGACGUAGAAUCCAUGGAUACGGACAAUCGCACGCCGCUGUCUUGGGCUGCCGCAAGUGGCCGUGAAGAGGCUGUACGGAUGCUGCUAGACAAGGAUGCAUACCCACGUGGCAAGGACAAACACUUUCAAACACCACUUUGCUGGGCAGUAAAAAAUGGACAUCAAGGGGCAGUAAAAACAUUCCUUGAGUACAGUGGCACUGGUCUGAAUAUGAAAGAUGGACAUGAUCGAACAGUUUUAUCUUGGGCUUCAGAACUGGGGCAUGAAGCGAUAGUAGAGCGACUUCUCAAGAAGAAAGACAUCGAUGUCAGUUCCCGAGACAAGACCGGUCGAUCGCCUCUAUUCUUGGCAUCACAGAGAGGCCAUGGAGCUAUCGUUAAGCUGUUACUUGCGACAAGCGGUGUCGAUCCGAACUCUGAGGAUGAUACCGGACAGACACCGCUGACAGUAGCUGCGGGGAGAGGACAUAAAGAGGUAGUAAAGGUGUUUCUGGAGCAAGAUAUAGGCCCAGACUCAAUAGAUGCUGCUGGUCGAAGUCCUUUAUCACGGGCUGCACAGAAUGGCCACAACGGAGUAAUACAACUGCUAAUCGAUAGUUUCGGGGUAGAUGCAAACUCAAUAGACAGGACCGGCCGGACUCCUAUAUCACGGGCUGCGCAGAAUGGGCACGUGGAAACUGUGGAAUUGCUAAUAGGGCCCUACAAGGUAGAUCCGAACAUAAAUGACACCGUCAAACCAAAGUAUGGUGGCAAUUCAAAGAAUGCUGUCAGCCCAAAGCAUACUGUCAAAUCAAAGGGUACUCCACGGACACCGUUGAUGUGGGCUGCGAAGCACGGCCAAAGAGACAUGGUCAAGCUGCUACUUGGCUCGGCCGCGGCAUCGACAACUGUCAAGGACAAUAUUGGGGACAUGGCGUUGGCGUGGGCGGUUAGAGAAGGACAUGAGACUAUUGUCAAACUUUUCCUUGAUAGAGGUGACAGCACACAUAACAGCCAGAACAAUCGUGGAUGGGCACCUCUAUUAUGGGCAGCUGACCGGGGCCACGAAAGAAUCGUCAACAUGCUCCUCGAUAAAAACGUAAAGCCAGACACAAGAGGUUAUGACCAACGAACAACCCUAUCACGAGCAGCUGGGAACGGUCAUGAGGGCAUUGUUAAGACCCUACUUAAAAGAGGAGUCAGCGCAGACGCAGCAGACGUGGAAAAACGAACACCCCUCUCAUGGGCAGCUAAGAAAGGCCAUGAGAGAGUCGUCAAUAUCCUACUCGAUACGGGUGAAGUGAGUCCAGACUCCAAGGAUAAGCAGGGACGAUCACCUCUCUCAUUUGCAGCCGAGGAGGGCCAUAAAGGCAUCUUCGAUAUCCUACUCACUGCUGGCAAAAUUCGUCCAGGAGACACAGAUGACACUGGGAGAGCGCCCCUCUCAUAUGCAGCCGAGAAGGGGCACAAAAGCAUUGUUGAGACGCUAAUUGAGAAUCAAGUUAGUGUAAAUGCGAAAGACGAUACAGGACGGGCACCCCUCUCAUAUGCGGCUGAGGGUGGGCACAAAAAUAUUGUCGAAACACUCCUCAAUACGGGCAAGAUUGAUGAUCCAGAUUUCAAAGAUACAUCGGCACGCACACCCUUAUCAUUGGCAGCUGAGAAUGGCCACGAUGGCGUUGUCCAGUCACUGCUGAAGACGGACAAAGUUAAUCCAGAUUUCAAGGAUAAUUAUGGAAAGACGCCGCUAUGGUUCGCAACAAGCAACGGACACACAGCUUGUGUGCGCCACCUCCUUGACACAAAGAAGGUCAACCCAAACAUCAAGACGCUAGAGGCUAAGCAGUCACCACUAGAGAUCGCGGCCAUGAACGGCUACGAGUCUAUAGUCAAGCUCUUACUCGGUACCGACGAAAUCAACCCAGACGAUACAAAUCGUAGUAGGCAAUCACCACUAUCAUGGGCGGCCAGAACAGGACAUGAGGCUAUUGUCAAGUUACUACUCGCCACAGGGAGAGUCGAUCCGCACCGUGCAAGCACUUUCGGCACCACGCCACUGUCUCUAGCAAUUGAGCACAACCACGAGGCAAUUGUCAAUUUAUUACGGGCUUAUGAGGGACCCAUGUCUAGUUAGACAUCGAGUACAUACAUCUCCCGCGGCCGCGUUGUACACCUAUGGUGUUUAUUGCCCAUAAUUUAGAGUUAAGGUGCCGGAGACAUCUUUAUCUGCUGGGAGGGGAUUGAACUAAGGCCCUUGGCCGUUGAAAAGUAUGAUUAUCUGCUAACAUUCUCUGUAGACUUGCUCUACUAUCUGCUCCACCUCACUAUGAGUCCUACGGAUUCGACUAUUUACUGGAACCUCCCU